AUGAUGGAAAUCAAGGAAAAGAAAAUAGCAAUCGACGAAGAGAAAAGGGCCGAAGAAAAGAUGGCGAAAUUUUUUGAAUUUGCGAAAUUCGGAGCGGCAAGACUGUUAGAUGCUAGAAAACCAACCAAAGCUGAGCGCAAAAUGGCCGCAAAAAUGGGUUUUCCCGCUGAUAUGGUGCGACAAAUAAGUAGAAAGGAUAAUUUCGAAAAAAAAAGGACAACGCAUUUAUUGAAGUUGUUCAAAUCUGCAGCUAAGUUAGCAAUGGCUUCGGCUGGAAAAAAUGUAUCCAAUGAUGGUAGUUUAAGUUUUGCUUCACCGCGUUUUUUUUCAACGGUACCAGAUACUGCAGAUGACAAUUCGACGUUAUUCUCUCCAUCAUUAUUUAGUUUGCAUGAUAAAGGAAAAGGUAUUGAAGCACUUACAAGUUUACCAAAAUUAAUUUCUUCAUCAAAAAUUAAUGAUUAUGAAUACUGGUUAAACUUUAUUAUGGAGGCGUCUGGAAUAAAUGAUGUCGUUGACAGUUUAAAGACCAAAAACGAAGACCCAUUUUUUAUGCGCUUCAAAGAGUUUCCUAGAGGCAUCGAUGGUCAGCCUAUGUAUUUCACAAAAGAAAAUGUCACUGAAAUUGGCGGAGAUCCAGAAAAAAGAAAAGUAGAGUCUUUCGAGAAUCUGACUAAAUCAUUAACAGCAAAACAGCUUCAUGAAUUUAAUGAUACUGGAUAUUCGAUAAUGGAACCGAAUCAAAUAAAUUAUAUAUAUGGACCUAAUUCACCAUAUAACGACAGCAAAGCAUUAGACAGAUUAGUGAACCUUAAUGAAUCAACUAUUAGACGUCAUAUAAUUACGAACAUACGUGACUUGGCUAGUCAUGAAGCUGAAGAAGCAUAUCAACGACGUAAAAAACGCGCAAUCGUUUUGUCACCUAGUGUAUUAAUUACUUACCUGUUUGCUGCCAAACAAUUGUCGACGCCACUAAUUCUUUCACCUGUUUUAAUAAAUUCUCUUAUAUUUAGCCCAGUGAUAUUUGGUCCAGUAAUUCUUAGUCCAUGGUUAUUUGUGGCGCUGGUGCUUUCACCACGUGUUAUGGCUCCAUUGGUUUUAUCUCCAGCCGGCUUAUCAGUGCUUAUCCUGACGCCCCUUGUAAUGGAUCCUCUUAUACUUACACCUGCUGCUCUCGUGCCAUUUAUAUUAUCGCCUAACGUAUUAUCACCUAAUAUAUUAGUGCCAAAUGUGAUGGUAACAUAUAUACUUAGUCCAUUCUGUUUAAGUCCAAAUAUUAUGAGCCCUGGCCUACUUGAUGCCAUCGUACUUAGUCCAUUUGUUUUAUCACCGUCAGUCUUUUCACCAUUGCAUUAUUCUGUUCUUUACAUGUCACCGCAUGCAUUUUCACCUUUAAUUAAUUCAACUGGUAAAAAUGUCGAAUUGAUAUUUUCACCAAGUUUUUUUAGUUAG